GUCACUAUGUGGGAAAGGCGAGCUGAGCUAGUUGUGGCUGGGACACCGACAUUUGUCCCAUCUGUUUCAGGAGACUACAUGGGAUGGUAUUACAACAUCACUCGUUUGUUUGUGUCUCCUUCGUUCAGACUCCCUACUCAUCAUUAUCAGCCUAGCUCCUUGGCUUUGCAUCUUACGACACGAGCUUUGCAGCACAUACAUCAGCGGGCUACUGCCACAAUGGCUGAUAGUCAUGAUGUGGACAUGUAUGGACAGGCUCUGACAGGCAUUGCCUCCUUGUGUUUAGAUGUGUUGGGGGUGAGUCGACUACGACCAUCUUAUGCACAUGCUCCCAUCUCAGGAGAUGCCAUCCACGUCUAGUGCAGCGGCGGCUUCAUCAUUGCAAACGCAGCGUGAGAGAGUGCUUCUUCAACCACGACAACGGCGUCAGCGUAGACAUGUGCAACAAC